AUGGUCGGCCCAGCUCGGCCUACCUCUGCGAUCCCCGCAAGAAGGUCGAACCUGCGACAACCUACUCGGCGAGCUGGUUCUGCGGUUCCAGAGCGACAUGCCUCACCCGCCGUGUCAACAAAGGCGGCCGCUGUUGCUGCUGCUGCGACAACCGGCACAAGAGCAGCAAAAGCGACCCCAGAUCAAUCAUUAAAUGCCGCCGUUGGAAAGAGGAAAGAAAGGGAUUACGAGCGCGAAAUCAAUGAAGAUACCAGCAUUCAUGUGGUAGUACGUUGCCGCGGUCGCAAUGAGCGCGAAGUCAAGGAAAACAGCGGCGUUGUCCUGUCGACCCCCGAAGGUAUUAAUGGUAAAACGGUGGAGCUUUCGAUGGGACCAAAUGCGCUAUCCAACAAGGCCUAUGCUUUCGACAAGGUGUUCUCACCCGCCGCCGAUCAAACAAGAGUCUUUGAGGACACUGUACUUCCUAUUGUUCAUGAGAUGCUCACCGGCUUCAACUGUACGAUCUUCGCAUACGGACAAACAGGAACUGGAAAGACAUAUACCAUGUCCGGUGAUAUGACCGAUACCCUGGGCAUUUUAUCUGAUGAUGCAGGUAUCAUUCCUCGAACUUUGUAUUCCCUGUUCAACAAGCUGGAGGGAACUGAGAGCAUGGUCAAGUGCUCCUUUAUCGAAUUAUACAACGAGGAGCUGCGCGAUCUUCUAUCCGCCGAAGAGAACACGAAAUUGAAGAUUUUUGAGAAUGAGAAGAAGGGCCAAUCUGCGACUGUGGUUCAGGGAAUGGAAGAGAGUUAUAUCGACUCGGCCUCGAACGGUAUCGAACUUUUGCAGAUGGGUAGUCACAAGCGUCAAGUGGCCGCGACUAAAUGCAACGACCUCAGCUCCCGCAGUCACACUGUCUUCACAAUCACAGUUAUGACAAAACGUACGACAGACUCCGGCGAGGAUUACAUCAGCUCUGGCAAGCUCAACUUGGUGGAUUUGGCUGGUAGCGAGAACAUUGGACGAAGCGGUGCCGAGAACAAGCGUGCCGCCGAGGCUGGGUUGAUCAACAAGAGUUUGUUGACGUUGGGACGAGUUAUCAAUGCUCUGGUCGACAAGGGCUCUCACAUCCCCUACCGGGAGUCCAAGUUGACCCGCCUAUUGCAAGACUCACUUGGUGGUCAGACGAAGACGUGUAUCAUUGCUACUGUGUCACCCUCAAGGGCCAAUUUGGAGGAAACCAUCUCAACUCUGGACUAUGCAUUCCGUGCUAAGAACAUUCGAAACAAACCCCAGAUCAACUCGAUCAUCUCAAAGAACAAACUUCUCCGGGAUAUCGGCCUGGAAAUCCAGAAGCUCAAGAGUGAGCUUAUCGCUACGCGUCACCGGAAUGGCGUGUAUAUGACACCAGAGUCAUACGAGGAGAUGAGAACGGAGAGUGAAUCACGCCGGAUUGUCAAUGAAGAACAGCGUGCAAAGAUCGAGUCGAUGGAAUCCAGCCUCCGCCACAAAGUUCAAGAGUUGUUUGCCUUGACUAGCAACUUCAACAACUUGAAGGCGGAUAACGAGCAAACCCUUGGUAAACUGAGCAGCACACGAGCUGACCUGGAACACACUGAGGGCACCCUCAAAGACACAUCGGAGAAGCUGGAUGAGGAGACAGCCGUGCGCAAGGCUCAUGAGGAAACCGAGAGUCGCCUCCGCGAAAUCGGUGCCGAAAUUCUGACAACUCUUGACCACACCGUGGCAGAUGUCGACGGACUUCAUGCCAAGUUGGAUCGCAAGGACAACCUGGAGACCGAUAACCGUCAAAUCUGGCAGGCUUCCACCGGCGAGAUUUCCACUGUGACUCAGCAUAUCGACACCCGCCUGGAGGAUUUCCAGUCACGCCAUGCCGAGCUCUUGGACAAUAUGUCAAUCAGAAUCCACCAAUUUGUCGGCGAUGAAUUGAACAGUGUUCAAUCAACCCGCUCUCAGCUGCAGGAGUUUGGUGCCUCUCUUGAAAAAGUUGAGACCCAGGCCAAGAAUCAAACAUCCGGUGCACACGAUGAAAUGAAUGAGGUACUAGAGGAGAUCAAGGUUCUCCGCGAGGACGUGAAGACGAAGGUUGGCGAAGGCCUCAAUGGUCUUUCCGCUGCGGCUGGUAGGAUAUCGAAGGAAGUCAUCGGCGAGUUUGGAGAAUUCCACUCGGAGCUUCAUUCAUCCUAUAGUGUGCUUGGAAAAGAUCUCAAGAGCAUGUUUGAACACAUGACCUCCCAUAUCGACCAGCAAAAGUCCGAGAUAAACCGCCUCCGUCUUGAGCUCCAGGAGGCAAACCGCCAAUCCGUCGAGGCCAACCGCAAGGCUUCGUCAAACAUAGCCCAGGCUCUCGAGGAGGAGCACGCAACCGCGCAAUCUGAGCGCGAUGCCAUGAUGUCCCAAAUCCGAAACCUGUUGGAAGAGUCUAGCCAAAAACAAGCCAAUCGCCUCAAGGGCAAAUUCGACACAGUGCGAACCGAUUUGUCAGCCUCAGGCGAUUCGCUCGAGCAAGCCACGGCACAUUAUGAUCGCAGUGUCGACGAGUGGAUAUUUAAGGAAGAGCAGUUUGCGAAGGACGUUAAUGCAUCCCGCGAUGACAUUAAGACAAAGAUGCAAAAUGACUGGGAGGCAUUCGAUCAACGUAACGCCUCGAUCCAGCGGGCUACCGAGUCCGUGCAUCAAGAGACUGUUCGGAUUGUGGAUGCUCAGAUGAGUGACAUGAGCACGCAAAUGGAAGCCCUCGAUGACUUUGUUGCGAAGGCUCGGUCUCACAAUGGCCGCUUCCACGAAGCACAGCUGGGUAGCCUGGAUUCCAUGGCAAACAACGUCCGUGAAAUGCGCUCGGCUGUUGACGGUCAGCUUAACGGCCUUAACGAGCAUGUCGAGCAACUGCAAGAGGACAUGGAUGUACACGCAGAGGACCUCCAACAAUCAACCCUUCCUCUGCAAGAGCACGUCCGUCAACCUCUCGCCGAACUGCGGGAGAAUGUGAACAGCCACCCCAUGAAAGAGUACUUACCCACCGGCUCGACUCCUCAGAAGCGUCGUUAUGACUAUCCCUCCGAAUUGCCAAGCACGGAGUCACACGACGGUCUUCGUUCUCGCCAUCGCACCUCUAAACAAUUUACCGCCCUCCCUUUUGAUGGAGAUGUCCAACCAAACCCCGCAUCCAGCUCGCCUGUGUCAUCGCCGACAAAACGCUCCUAUGUCUAUAGCGAUGCUUUGGAAGAGGUAGGGACCCACCCUCCUCCAUCAUCACUCAGCGCACCUUCCAACAUUGGCCUUAGGGAAGUCGAUAUAAACGUCGCCAAACCACUCGGGUACGAGACCCCUGAGAAGGACGACUCGGAACCACCCCUCAAGAAACGCCGCUCAACCGCCAACGCCACAAGCAACGCCGUCGAGAAUAAACUCCCGCACAAAAUGCUCACCAAGAAGAUGGCCGGCAUGAUGGAAGGCCGUGAGAACGUGCCUCCAUCUGGUAUUGCUGGUCGCAGAAACUACAGAAACGGUUCCCACUAG